AUGGCUUCUAUUCUUGAUGAGUAUGAGGAUUCUCAAAACAUCAGGCACAAUUCUCAGCAACACAGCCGCCUGAGCUCUGCUAACAUCGGGCUAACACAUUCAGGCUUUGUGAAUGUCAGACUGGAAGAAGAAAAGCCAAUAUUCAACAAACAGAGGAUUGACUUCACUCCACCGGAGAGGAUAAAUCACUUGGCAGUCUGCAACAACCAGCUCUGCAUGAGUCUGGGAAAAGACACGUUGUUAAGGAUUGACUUGGCAAAACCAGAUCAACUCAAUCAAGCCGAAUUAGGAAGGAAAGAUGACAGCAAAGUGUACAAACUGUUCCUGGACCCGACAGGCUCCCAUCUGCUGAUCAGCCUGUAUAGCAGCGAGUGUCUGUACCUCAACAGGAACACCCAGAAGGUGCGCAGUCUGUCCCGCUGGAGAGGCCACCUCAUCGAAAGCGUGGGCUGGAAUAAGCUGCUGGGCAACGAGACCAGCACAGGGCCCAUCCUGGUUGGCACCAGUCAAGGGAUCAUCUUUGAAGCGGAGAUCUCUGCGAACGAGGGCAGCCUGUUCAAUACCAACCCGGAUCAGUACUUCAGACAGGUCCACUCCCUGGAAGAGGAUGGCAAGCCAGCACCAGUCUGCUGCUUGGAGAUAGAGCGAAGCCCAGAAAACAAGUACUUCAUCAUUGCCACCACCCGCAAGCGCCUGUUCCAGUUUGUGGGUAAGGUGGCCGAAGGGUCAGAGCAGCAAGGUCUCAGCACCAUCUUCAGUCAGAACCAAGACCUGCUGCCCAGUUUCCAGGAGUUCCCAGCCAACAUGGGAUACAGUGAGAUUACGUUCUACACAGCGAAACUUAGGAACUUCCCCAAAGCGUUUGCCUGGAUGAUGGGUAAUGGCGUUCUCUAUGGCCAGCUGGACUACGUCCGGCCCGAUUCCCUGCUGAGUGACGUCCAGGUAUGGGAAUACACACCGGAUAUUGACAUUAGCCAGAACAAACCCAUAUCCAUUGUGCUGACACAGUUCCACUUCCUGCUGCUGCUUCAUGACCGAAUAAAGGCGAUCUGCACUCUGAACGGACAGGUGGUGUACGAGGAUGUGUUCCCAGAUAAAUUUGGCCCCCUUAAGAGAAUGAUCAAAGAUCCGAUUGGGGGGUUGGUGUGGAUCUACACGGAGCGGGCGGUUUUCCGAUAUCACAUCCAGCGCGAGUCUAGGGACGUCUGGCAGAUGUACAUGAGCAUGAACAAGUUUGACCUCGCCAAGGAGUACUGCCGCGACCGGCCCGAAUGCAUGGACAUGGUGCUAGCUAAGGAGGCCGAGUACUGCUUCCAGAACAGGAGAUACCUGGAAAGCGCCAAGUGCUACGCACUCACUCAGAACUACUUCGAAGAAAUAGCGCUCAAAUUCAUCGAAGCAAAACAAGAAGAAGCAUUGAAGGAGUUCUUACUGAAGAAACUGAACAAUCUGAAACAAAGCGAGAGAACGCAGAUCACCUUGCUGGUCACCUGGCUGACCGAGCUCUACCUGAACCGACUCGGGCAGCUGGAGAGCGACGACAACAGCCUCAUCUUCCAGGAAACCCGAGACGAGUUCCGCCAGUUCCUGAGCAGCUCCAAGCACAGGGACUGCCUGUUCAACAACCGCGGCACCAUUUACGACCUGCUGGCCAGCCAUGGCAACGUGGACGACAUGGUUUACUUCUCGGUCGUCAUGCAGGACUACGAGAGGGUCAUAUCCCACUACUGUCAGCACGACAACUUCAGCGCGGCCCUGGAUGUGCUCGCCAAGCACUGCGACGAAAAGCUCUUCUACAAGUUCUCGCCGGUCCUCAUGCAGCACAUUCCCAAGAACGUGGUGAAUGCGUGGAUCCAGAUGGGCAAGAGGCUGGACCCGAAGAAGCUCAUCCCGGCUCUGAUGAACUACAGCCAGAUGGGCAGCGCCCAGCAGAUCAACGAGACCAUCCGCUAUAUGGAGUUCUGUGUUUACGAGCUGAAUGUCACUGAGGAAGCCAUUCAUAACUACUUGCUGUCACUUUAUGCAAAGUACAAGUCAGACUCUCUGUUGCGAUAUCUAAGACAGGCAGGUACUCACCCCUCAGAGAUCCACUAUGACCUGAAGUAUGCACUCAGGUUGUGUGCAGAGCAUGGCUUUCUUCAGGCCUGUGUGCUGGUUUAUAGAAUAAUGGAACUGCACGAGGAGGCAGUGGAUCUGGCUUUACAAGUUGACGUGGACUUGGCCAAGUCCUGCGCAGAUCUGCCUGAGGAUGACGAGGAGAUGAGGAAAAAGCUCUGGCUGAAGAUCGCCAGGCAUGUGGUGCAGGAGGAGAAGGAUGUGAAGAAAGCCAUGAACUGUCUGUCCAGCUGCAACCUGCUCAAGAUCGAAGACAUCUUGCCUUUCUUUCCAGAUUUUGUCACCAUUGACCACUUUAAGGAGGCAAUCUGCAGCUCCCUGGAGGAGUACAACAAGCACAUCGAGGAGCUGAAGCAGGAAAUGGAGGAAGCCACGGAGAGUGCUAAACGAAUCAGGGAAGACAUCCAGGAAAUGAGGAAUAAGUACGGCGUUGUGGAUUCCCAAGAAAAGUGUGCGGCAUGUGACUUCCCGUUACUCAACAGGCCUUUCUAUUUGUUUCUGUGUGGACACAUGUUCCAUAACGACUGCCUGUUUCAGGAAGUGACCCCUCACCUGUCAGCCUUCAAGCAGAAUCGCCUGGAAGAGCUCCAGAAGAAACUGGCUGCUACAACACAGUCCUCUAAAUCUCGCCACCGUACUGCUCAAAAGGAGGAAGGGGACACAGCCAGUCUGGGAAAGGGCAUUGGGGCAACGAGCCGUGAGCAGAUCAUAUCGGACAUCGAUGACAUCGUAGCGUCUGAGUGCGCGUAUUGUGGCGAACUGAUGAUCAAAUCCAUCGACAAGCCUUUCAUUGAUCCACAGAAAUUUGAACAGGACAAAUCCAGCUGGCUGUGAAGGCGUCUGUUUGAAAACGACGAUGCAAAAGCCUUUCCUUUUUGUCCGUGAAGCCUGUAGGACCAAGGAACUCAGUAGAAAACGAUAUUUGUAUGAUUGCCUGUUGGUAGUGCCUAUUCUGAUUUACAGAAUCCUCCUUAUUUUGCUGUCAGUUUGUCAAUCUGAUGGAACAAACUUUGCACUUUGUAUAUAUGUAUUUAAUGAGCGAUUGUCAAGAACUGACUUUGUUAAAGAUGAUGCAAGAUGGUGUAUUAUCAAACAUUUGCCGUCAGUACAGUACAUUGCAUAAAUGUGCCAAUAACUGCAGCUGUCACCACACAAUACAACUUUUAGGAUUACAUCGUGUGGUUGUUUGGCACUGAAAACAUAACACAUAACAGCAUCUUUGUUUGUUCUGUUUCUUGGUCUGUAAUAAUUUACUAUUCAGUAACUGUGGAAAAUAAACUUACUUCAUAUUAAAGCCAUUUUGGGAUUCA